GGUCGCUUAGGAGUGAGGAUUGUUCCAACAUAUGUUACAAAUAUGGCUGUGUCUCUCAUUAUAAAAUGGGGUGGGCAGGAAUUUUUAAUAACCACCUUGUCAGAAGAAGACACAGUGUUGGAUCUCAAGCAGUCACUCAAAGGACUUACAGGAGUGCUACCAGAACGCCAAAAACUUCUGGGACUUAAAGUAAAAGGCAAGCCAGCAGAAAAUGAUGUGAAGCUUGGAUCAUUAAAAUUGAAACCAAAUACUAAAAUCAUGAUGAUGGGGACUCGUGAGGAAAGCUUGGAAGAUGUCCUUGGGCCACCUCCUGAUAAUGAAGAUGUAGUCAAUGAUUUUGAUAUUGAAGAGGAAGUUGUUGAAGUAGAAAAUCGGGAGGAGAAUCUCCUAAAAAUAUCCCGCAGAGUUAAGGAGUACAAAGUAGAAAUACUGAAUCCUCCACGAGAAGGGAAGAAAUUGUUGGUCCUCGAUGUUGAUUACACAUUGUUUGAUCACAGGUCAUGUGCAGAAACGGGAAUUGAGCUGAUGAGGCCCUACCUACAUGAGUUCCUGACAUCUGCAUAUGAAGAUUAUGAUAUUGUAAUUUGGUCUGCAACUAAUAUGAAAUGGAUUGAAGCUAAAAUGAAAGAGCUGGGAGUGAGCACCAAUGCAAACUACAAGAUAACCUUCAUGUUGGAUAGUGCUGCCAUGAUAACUGUGCACACUCCAAGGCGAGGUUUAAUUGAUGUGAAACCGCUAGGAGUUAUAUGGGGCAAAUUUUCAGAGUUUUACAGCAAGAAAAAUACUAUUAUGUUUGAUGACAUUGGUCGAAAUUUUCUGAUGAACCCACAGAAUGGACUAAAGAUAAAACCCUUCAUGAAAGCACAUUUAAACAGAGAUAAAGAUAAAGAGCUUUUAAAACUUACUCAGUAUCUCAAGGAAAUAGCAAAAUUAGAUGACUUUUUGGAGUUGAACCACAAACAUUGGGAAAGGUACCUCUCAAAGAAACAAGGACAGUAAUUUUAAUUUUGUGAUGCUGAAACCAAACAGAAGAUAGAGAUCCUUUGAUCUUGUGUAAGCUAGAAUAAAGUAGUGCUGGACACUGACUUAAUCACCCGAGUGACUCUUA